AUGGAUGAAGAAACAAGUUUGAAGGGACUUAAGGAAAGGAGACUUAAAGUGGCAAGAGAAUACCGUCUGAGAAAUUUGAAAAGAGUUGCAGAUAAGAAUUUGGCUCUUCAUAAGAUUGCGAAAAAAAAUACGUUUCAAGCUAUUAUUUUCUCUCUUUCUACCAUUUUUUUUGGGGCUAUUUUUGUUUUCUUAGAUGGAAAUUCUGGCAUCACAGACCUUGUAGAAAAUGCUGCAGUCGGAGUCGGUUCUUUGAUGACUUUACUUACGAGUUUUAAAGAUUUUAUGACUAAAACGUCGACGGAUGAAGAUUGCAUUGCCAUUAAAUUUUCAGAAGUGAGCGAUGAAAGUGUUGAUCUUUCCUUGAAAACUACUGAUGAGGAUGACAUUCGAAAUACUGAAAAUACAAUUGAAUGUUGGUGUAAAUGGUUACAGAGGAUGAAGUCAUUUUAUACUACAUUUACUUUGUUUAGCUCAUUACUACUCAUUGUUUUUAUUAUACUUAACUUUACUUCUCAAGGAAAAAAUGUGAUUUCAAUAAACGUGACGAUUAUUAUUUUUGGAGGGAUUUCUUUAAUUCUCGCUGGUACAAUUCGUUAUUCGCUAAGUAUUUUCACUUUUUCAGGUGAUGGAGGAAAGGAUAUAGACCGACUUUUAAAUGGUAUGAAAAUUCACAUUAAAAGGAAUACCGCUCUUGAUUUGGAAAAUCUGCUAAAAGGUCUCUUUAAGCCUUACGAUAUGAAAGAUGAUAAACAGGAAUUUGAUAACAGUGAAUUGUCGAAAACUACUGAGCGCCUAACUAGUUUGGUUGAAAAUGAUCCAAAGAAGGCUAAGGAGGUUCAAGAUGCAAUAGCUCCUGAUAUUGCUUUGUGGAUAUGGAAAUUAUAUACUGCGAUGGAAGAACUUGAUUUUAUGUUACAAAAAAAUACUAACUCACAAUCAGAAUUGAAUAUGAAAAAACUUAUGAAAAAAUUGUCAUUGAAAGAGCUUGUCAAAAUUAUUCUGGAUUCGGAAGAUCAAAAAUAUCACUUUAAAUCAGAAUCGACUAAAUUGACUGUUGAUUACCAUAUACUUAGGGAACUUUAUGGGGCAUCAAAGGAAUUGCUAAAUAUAGUAGAAAAGGAAAACGAGAAAAAAAAUGAACAGCCGUCGAAAAAAGGAAGUGAUGGAAUAGAAGAAGAAUUUACUAAGAUAACUAAGGAGUUGGAAGUAAUUAAACAAAUAAUGGAGAAAAGUAAGAAAUCGCAUACAAAAGAAUUUACUGAUUUUACUAAUAAUUUAAUUGGAGAACUUGACGGAAUAAAAGAAAGGUUGAAAUAUAUUAACCAGUGGGCAGAAGGCUUAAAUAAUUUCACGGAUCCAACAAGUGCACAAGUUGAUCAAUUACGCGAAGAGAUACCUAAAAUAUUAAAUUGUGAUAAUUUGGAAAAAUAUGAUGAGAAAUGGAAAAAAACUUUUUAUAAGACGUCGAAACAAGAGGAUACAAAUCAGACGUUGAAACAAAAGGAUCCACCAAAUCUGAAAGAGAUUACAAAUCUGCCGUUGAUACUUUAUGAGAUAGAAAAAGAAUUAUCCGAGAUACCUAAAAUAUUAAAAGAGAUUGAUCAAAAGAUAGAAACUCCCAUCGAGGAUUUGAGGUAUGCAAAAAUAAUUAAUCGUUGCGCUAAAGAUAAACUUGAUGAUAUAGAAAAAAAAUUAUUUGAGAUGCAUGAUAAUAUAAGAAAAGAUUUGAUGAAUAGGGAGAUUGCUAAGAUAGAAAAAAACUUACUUAAAGUAUUUAUUGAAAAAUUAUCUAAUACACUUGAAAUUUUUGAAACAGAAAAUGUAAAAGAAUUAAAAGAAUUUAAUGAAAAACUUUCGAAAGUGUUUAAAAAAUUUAUAGAAAAAAAAUUAUCUAAUUAUAAUUCUAAAUGUAUUGGAGAAUUAUCUAAAACAUUUGAAAAUUUUGAUACAAAAAAUGUAAAAGAAUUUAAUGAUAAUAUUUCGGAAGUGCUUAAAAAAUUCAAGGUGGAAGAAAAAUUAUCUACAGAAGAAGCAGAAAAAUUUUUUGAGGAAUUUUCGAAAAAUUCCAGUAAGAUAAAAGAAUUAUAUAAAAAAAUUGAUGAGUUGAAAAAAGAAACUAGCCAGAAAACAUCAAAAGAAGAAUCAAAAGAAUCAAAAGAAUCAAAAGAAUCAUUAGAAUUAUUAGAAAGAUUAUUAAAAGAAUUACGUCAAAUAUCGAAAGUAUUAAUAUUGAAUGAUCACAUAAAAUCAAGAGAAAAAAAUAAUUAUAAUAAAGAGGAGGUAGAAAAAAAAUUACUUAAGGUAUUUAUUGAAGAAUUAUCUAAUACAUUUGAAGAAUUUGAAACAGAAAAUGUAAAAGAAUUCAAUGAUAUAAUUUCGGAAGUGCUUAAAAAAUUUAUAAAAAACAAAUUAUCUAAUUAUAAGGUGGAAGAAGAAUUUUCUAAGAUACUUAAUAAUUAUAAUGAUUUCAAAACAGAAAAAGCAAUUAAAUUUAUUGAGGAAAUUUCGAAAAAAUCCGAUAAUUCCGAGAUCAAGAUAGAAAAAUUAUAUAUUGAAGAACCGGAACUUUCGAAAAAUUCCGAUAAUUCCGAGAUCAAGAUAGAAAAAUUAUAUGAGAUAAUUGAUGAGUUGAAAAAAGAAUUAUCUAAGAUACAUGAUGAGAAUCAUUUCAAAACAAGUAAAGCAAAAAAAAUUAUUGAUAAAUUUUCGAAACAUCACGAUAAUUACCCUAACAUAGAAAAAUUAUACGAGAAAAUUGAUGGGUUGAAAAAAGAAACUUGUCAGAUAACAUCAAGAGAAGAAUCAAAAGAAUUAAAAGAAUUAUUAGAAAGAUUAUUAAAAGAAUUACACCAAAUAUCGAAAGAAUUCAUAUUGAAAGAAUUCAUAAAAUUAAGAGAUGAUCACAAUUAUACAAAAUUGCAUGAAUGGUUGAAUGAAGGAUUAAGUGAUUUCACAGAAUUACUGAAUAAAAAUGAUAAUGAUAUGGAGAUUGAUAAGAUAGAAAAAAAAUUACUUAAGGUAUUUAUUGAUAAAUUAUAUGAGAUACUUAAUCUUGGAAAAGAAUUAUCUAAUACACUUGGAAAUGUAAAAGAAUUUAAUGAUAAAAUUUCGGAAGUUAUAGAAAACAAAUUAUCUAAUUAUAAAGUGAAAGAAAAUUUAUUUGAGGAAAAUGAUGAAACUAGCCAGAAAGAAUUAUUAAAAAAAUGGUACCCAAAUGAAUUACAUCAAAUAUCGAAAGAAUUAAUAUUGAAAGAAUUCAUAAAAUUAAGAGAUGAUCACAAUUAUUCAAAAUUGCAUAAAGGGUUGAAUGAAUUAGAAAAAUUACAAAAAUUACUUAAUAAAGAUGAUGAGGAGAUUGAUUAUUCAAAAUUGCAUAAAGAAUUACUUAAAAGUAUGGAGAUUAAUAAUGAGGAGAUUGAUAAUAAGGAUAUUGAUAAGAUAGAAAAAAAAUUACUUAAGGUAUUUAUUGAAGAAUUAUCUAAUACAGGAAAUGUAAAAGAAUUUAAUAAUAUAAUUUCGGAGGUGCUUAUAAAGUUUAUAGAUAAUGAAUUAUCUAGUUUUAUGAAAAAGGUGGAAGAAAAAUUACCUAAGAUACCCGAAACAGAAAAAGCAAACAAAUCAAAAAAAAAUAAAUUUAUUGAAGAAAUUUCGAAAAAUUCCGAUAAUUCCGAGAUCAAGAUAGAAAAAUUAUUUGAGAAUUUUGAUGAGUUGAAAAAAGAAACUAGUCAAAAAACAUCAAGAGAAGAAUCACAAGAAUCAAAAGAAUUAAAAGAAUUAUUAGAAAGAUUAUUAAAAGAAUUGGACCCGAAAGAAUUACAUCAAAUAUCGAAAGGAUUAAUAUUGAGAAAAUUCAUAGAAUUAAGAAGGUAUAACUAUUAUACAAAAUUGCAUAAAGGGUUGAAUGAAUUAAAUUAUUUCACAGAAUUCGAAAAAUUACAUAAGUUGUUUAAAGAAAUCAACCAGAAAACAUUUCAUUCCAUUAAUCUUAAUUAUUCUACUCAUCUCGUUAAAGAUGAAUAUUUUUUUAAACAUUUAUAUUAUGAAAUCGUUGAUUCAAUCAAAGAAGUCGAAGAUGAUGUAAAACUUAAUCCUGUAAAAAGUUAUAUUGAUUUUGGAAAACAUUUUGGAACUCACUUGUUUCAGAAUUUUAUUCCUGAUGGAAAACGCAAGUCAGACAAAGUUGUUAAUCAGAAACUUAUUCGUUGUUAUUACCGUCUCGGAGAAUUGCUAUUUAGCGAUAAUGAUGGAGAAAAUGCUCCGAAAAAAGUUACUGAUCUCCAACAUCGAAAAGCGAAAAAUUUUUAUGAUCUAUAUAAUAAAAUGCUGUUUUUAUUAAAUGACAUCAACGUCAACAACAAUGUCAACAAACUUCCGAUAAAUAUGAUUAAGGGGAUUAAAUCUCAGUAUGCCACUACUAUAUUUGCAAUAAGUAAUGAUGAUGUUACAUAUUUGACUCGUAACACUCGUAACAUUAGAUCCAAAAUCUUAUAUGUAUUAAGUAAUUAUUAUGUUAAUUAUUUGACUCGUGACAUUAGAUCCAAAAUCAAUGAUGAUGUUAAGAAGGAGACCGAAAAUCAAAGUAGUGAUGUUAAGAAGACCAAAAAUCAAAUUAGUGAUGUUAAGGAGACCGAAAAUCAAAGUAGUGAUGAUUAUGAAAAAAGUGAUUAUUAUGAUAAAAGUGAUGAUUAUGAAAAAAGUAAUGAUUAUAUUAUGCAAAUCCAUCUUGAUGGCAACAAAGAAGGUGAACAAUAA